AUGAUUGUGUCCCGAUUGCGAUUCGGCCUGUGCUGCCUCACCGUAUGCUUCACCAUCGUACUCCUACCGCCAGAAGUAGCCUCGCAACAAAUCUCUCUCGCAUCCGCAAUCCAUGAGCAGUUACAUUUCGACUUCACAUCCACUGCUCCUCACAUAUUUUCCUCACUUCGAUACUUGUUAGAGCAGUGGCCAAACACAUACAUUCCCAAUGGCCACUCGAUUGUGCCGUGCGAAAUUCCUGCAUUCACCAAUCUCUACCAUGGAAGACGAGAUGGGAAGCUUCCAUCAAGCCCAGAGUGGUUUGCAUUCGAUGCGGAAAUGUCCUACGGCAUCAUGGGAUCGAACCGAGACUCGCACUUGCUAACAUAUCAGAACGUGAAGCCAGUACAAUGUCUUUAUUUCGAUGGCAUGUCCGCUGCGCUGAUGGGCACUGGACCCCUAGAUUCACAGAUGGUGUUUCUGUGUGGAAAUACUACCUGCUCUCUUGGUGGUAAUGAAACAUGGCGCGGUGUCUUCGAUGAGUAUUCUCGAGCCACCGCAUUGUGCGACUGGGUACGGAAGAAUGAAUUGGGCGGUUUAGGCUGGGGAGUCGAGGGGAUCGUUAGGAUGAAUGCAGGAUUCGAGAUGAUUUGGUGCAAUUUCACCAGUCCAAACAUGCGACGGAUCAGUCAUGUCAAUGUUUCAGCGCCCUUACUACCGAGUCGGUUCAAAGAGGAUGAAGCUCUGGCUCAAGAAGCAAUCCUGGAAGGACCACUCGUGGUCGCCACGUUCAAUGACGUGCCGAGCCGGCGAAGGAGUGCUGCACCAACCUCAGUCGACGGUCCACCCUCAGAGAGCCCAACGGGAAGUCCAGACAUGCCUUCUCCGCCUAAUUGGCGAAGCAAAGCCGAGCUGGAACCUUUCCUGCAGUCUCAGAGCUUCGAAUGGUAUCGCAGCGCUGCCUGGCACAUAGGCACUUCAGGCUCAUCCAUGGGCCGCGCUGAAGGCCGAGUCAAGCCAAAUACCUGCGGAUUUCUCAGCUACUAUGAUUCGUUCCUCAAAGCCUUUUCUUCUGCCUUCGCUGAAGACGAAAGGUCGCACCUGAACCUCACUGCAGACGGGAACUGGAAAGGGCCCGGCAAGCACGGCAAUCGUACCCUCGCCUUGAGAGAACUCUCCAUUCGCCGCCGCUCACACAACCUCUCCCAGAUCACCAACUUCGAAGCCAGCAUAAUGAGCGACGCUGUUCUGCACACCCUUCACGCCAUCAACCACUCUUCGUCCCAAUGCACGGGCAUCGACUGGACGCAAAAAGCAAUUGCCAUAACCGCUCGCUUUUCCCGGCCCCUAACGCAAAUCCUCCACCUCCUCACCCACCCACCUUCGAACACGACUAAUACCACCCUCAUACAAGGCUACAUUGCCUCCGUCCGCUCCAAAUCCCACGCCAUGCUCAUGCCCUACUUGACCUACCCACUCGCCGCCUCCUCCAUCCCAGCCAUUCAUGCACGUUGCGCAACGAGCCAAACAUUCGCCCUCCACCAGCUCCGCGGUACCCUCCUCCCAACUGAGGACACUCUCCUCAGCACCUUUGAAACCGUCCUCUCAACCAUCUGCAACACAACACUGUCACUUGCCUUCUCCGUUGAACAAAUCUGGCAAAGUUACUACCAGCACGACAACAUCUCUGAGCCUAUCCCACAGUCGGUCCUGUAUACCCUUGUCACGCACCACAGUACCUCCCUAUCCCUCCUUCGUGCCUGGCUGGGCUGGUUCCCCGACGAAAUGCAAUGUGACCAGGUCUGUGCCGUCGAUGAAUUCUGCUUCAUACCCAUCUGGCCGCUAUUGUUCCUCGAGCCGAGGGGUGGAUUUGGACGUGGACCGCCCGGUGGAGGUGGAAGAAGGCCACCACCACAUCACCCGCCAGGAAGGGGGGGAGGAGGAGGAGGAGGAGGAGGAGGAAAGGGACCACCCGGGAGCAACCCUUGGGGUGAUAUGGUGAGUGAAGUGUGGAGGCCUAGGUGUAAAAGGGUUUUGGAUUAAAGUGUAGAACAGGAAGUCAGGAUUAUGAAUUUCCUUACCAUAGCAGACUAUGGAGAAAUAUGUCGAGGUUCAGAUCGAAUCAGACAACUCCAUCUCCGUGGCGCGGGCUUGUAGCAGGUGGUCAAAAUGAGGUGGCCAACCUAGAGUAAGCGAAGUCA